GGGCUCCAUUAUAUAAUCCGUAUAACCACGAAAUUCUGACGCGGGCCGCCACAAAAUCUGCAGCUUUGUGCGAGGCGCCGAAGUGUUUCAACCGCACCGCGGCAUGUGUGCUCUUAGAACUAAUGUAAUGUACUCUAUAUACGCCAAAGAAAAAGAAGGAGGAAGCCGCGACGCCUUGACCCGCUAAUCCGCGUACUGCGAGUGGCCUUUUCGCCUAUUGCGAUAAUGAAAACAAACAGCACUCGACGCCGCCGCUGCCUCGGUCGUUUGUUGCGAGGCUGUUGGCCACAUUGACAGCGCGCCAACGGGCGGCGAAUAUCGUCCGCUUGUGUCGAAAGCGCGGUCAGUAACGUAGUUUAGUCUUGUUUAGCGCGUCAGGUUAGUGUCGUCGUAGAGUUAAUGCGGCGCCGGUGAGACGACGCUGUUGUGUCGAUUUUCACGAAGACUCUGUAAAAAGUAAUUGCGACAUGGCUGCCAAGACGAUCGACGGUGCCCGAGUGGUCGUCGAAGCCCUUCGGAAGCAGGGUGUUGAACACAUCUUUGGUGUCGUUGGCGUGCCCGUGUUCGAAGUGGCCCUGGCAGCUCAGCAGGCUGGAAUCAAGUUUGUCGGCAUGCACAACGAGCAAGCGGCAUGCUAUGCGGCUGGUGCCAUGGGAUAUCUUACCAAAAGGCCUGGAGUGUGCCUCGUUGUCUCGGGACCAGGGCUUGUUCAUGCCCUUGGUGGCCUAGCAAAUGCACAGAUCAAUGCAUGGCCCUUGCUGCUGGUUGGGGGCUCUUGCGAACAAAAUUUUGAAGGACUUGGUGCCUUCCAGGAGUUCCCACAGGUGGACGCCUGUCGCAUGUACACAAAGUAUACCUGUCGUCCCAGCUCUGUACAGCUGAUUCCCAUGCACAUUGAAAAGGCUGUUCGAACGAGCCUUUACGGCCGCCCUGGUGCCACGUACAUUGACCUUCCUGGAAACAUGAUCAUGGCAGAGGUUCCCGAAGAGAGUGUGCCGGAGGUUGCAAAAUGCCCUGACCCUCCACGAACUCUUGCUGACCCACCAAAUGUGGUGCAGGCAUUGUCGCUGCUUAAAAAUGCCAAGAAACCGCUUAUUAUUGUUGGAAAAGGUGCUGCGUAUGCUCGUGCCGAGAAGAGUGUACGUGAACUUGUGGAAUGCACGGGCCUGCCAUACCUGCCUACACCUAUGGGAAAGGGUGUUUUGCCAGAUAACCACCCUCAGUGCAUAUCACCGGCAAGAUCAAAGGCAUUGCAAGAAGCGGAUGUCAUCCUAUUGCUGGGAGCACGACUCAACUGGAUGCUACAUUUUGGACGGCCUCCACGCUUCAGCCCAGGUGUCAAAAUAAUUCAGGUUGAACUUUUUCAGGAGGAGCUGCACAACAGCAUCCCUGCAGCCGUUGCUUUGGCCGGUGACGUCGGAGCAGUGGCAGAGCAGAUAUCCAGGUUGACCGCUGAGCAUGCCAAGAACCCAUGGCGGUACCCUGCUGACACAGCCUGGUGGCAGGCACUGCGUGGUAAAGUUGCUACCAAUGAAAAGUCUGUUCAGGAGCUGUCAUCAUCGAAGAAUAUUCCCAUGAAUUUUCACACAGCAUAUAAGCAGAUAGCUGAUCUCAUACCAAAGGACGCAGUCAUUGUGAAUGAAGGUGCCAACACAAUGGACAUUGGAAGGACGAUGCUGCCUAACUUGCUGCCACGGCAUAGGUUAGAUGCUGCCACGUUCGGAACCAUGGGUGUAGGUGUCGGCUUCGCUGUUGCUGCAGCCCUGUGGUGCCAGACACAGUCACCCUCCAAGCGGGUUGUCUGCAUUGAGGGAGACAGUGCCUUUGGCUUCUCAGCAAUGGAGAUGGAAACUGCCGCAAGGUACAAGCUUCCGAUCAUCGCCAUAAUCAUGAACAACUCUGGGAUCUACAAUGGCUUUGACGGAGAAACCUGGGAGUCGUUCCUGCAAUCGGGAAUGCAUCCUUGCGUCUCGCUCCCAGCGAACUCUCUUCAGCCAGGUGUCCGUUACGACCAGAUGGCUGCCAUGGUUGGUAGCAAGGGCUUUAACGUGACAACUCCAGAGGAACUUCGAGCUGCUUUUACGGAAGCCCUGGCCACCACUGACCGACCAACCAUUAUCAACGUUGUCAUUGAUGGCAUGGCUCAGAGAAAGCCUCAGGACUUUGACUGGCUGACCAAGGCCAAGAUGUGAUAAGUACUUGACAAUGAAAGCUGAGAAUGUGCAGUAUUUUUCUAUAAUUUUUGUUUUCACCUAAUCUACAACAUGGCUGCUCGUGCCCAAGUCUUCAGUAACCAUUUUAUGUACUCACAGGGUAGGUUUACAAAUUAUUGAGAUGCAAUAUUUAAUUUCCACAAUGUAACGGUGCUGGUCACUGGUACUCUGUUACUGCACCUUUGAUGUAGUGGAUUCAUAGUAGCAUCGCUUUUUAUACAAAUAAAAAGAAAGCUUAUACGUUUGAU